GUAACUACAAGUCGCUGCAGGAUAAAGGCAUAAAAUUUAGGCACAGAGUACUAAUAACAUUUUGUUCACUGAUUCUAAAAGUGUAUAUUGUUAAAUGUACGUUUGUUUCGAUAGCGCGCUGAACUCGGGGCAAAGAUAUCGCGGAUUAUUUGUAUGUUUUAAUUCUUUGAUAUUUUGCAGACCGACUUUAUUGUUGAUCUUGAUAGGUGUCAUGUAAUUCUUUUAUGUAUGGAUAUUUGUUUUCAUAUGCUAUUUUUGAAUAAUGCUUGAAUUACAAGCAUGUGGUUUCUAUGCUACAUCAUCUGUAUACGUGUUUAACGGAUCACAUGCUCAUAUUUGUCAUGUUUUACCUGAUUUAUUUCACAAAUUACGCUAAGGUUGACGGGAUAAGUUGUUCUUCUGGUUUCCAAGCACACAGUGAUGGUUUCAGAAGUAGACAGUGCACUGCUGAUGUACGACAUUGUCUGAUUACACUUAGUCGUGAAUCAACAAAUGAACCCUACAACCCACAUAGUUUUGACUGUUGGCCAUGGCCAGAAUUGGAAAACAAGUGUCCUACCGUUAGGGGAGUAUGCCACGUUCUUCAUAAAUCUAAAGAUGAUUUACAUGAAACUUGCUGUUGUUAUGAUCAUAUGUGCAAUAAUGAAACUUUGAAAAUCGUCCCUAUGUCUGAAGAUCUCGGUCCAGGUAAUCAUCACAAAAGUGGUCUUGAUCACUUUGGUUUACGGGUUCAUGAUGGUGAUUUGAAUGUAAUUGUAGCAUCUCAGGAUUUUCCAAACUCAGGCGUUGUUUCCCCCCAGCGUUCAGAUUCGUACGAAGAUCCUUCAGACAAUGGAUUACAGAUAGAUGCAUUAACAAUAUUUGUCAUUUGCGGGAUAUUACUGUCAACUGUAUGCACAGUUAUUUUACUCGUGUUUUGUUUAUCUCCUCGAUAUAAAAAAGUCCGAAUGAAAUUUUUCCUUGCAUGCAAUCAUCCAUCUCCGUCUUCACAAUAUUUUCAGAACAGUUUAGACGGUCGUGUUCAUGGCGCACUAUCAAUUGUUGAUUGUUUCCAUUGUCCAAAAAGCUCGUCUUUCAAACCAUCCUUUACCGGUGGUUCUGUUAUAACUUAUCCUGUGAAAAAAUCAGAGAUUUCAUGUCACAGUAUUUCAAACGGUGAUAAUUUACACCAAGUGGGUUCCUGUAUUGAAUCACUAGGUAGUGGAUUCGUUUUCUGUGAUAUAUCGGAAACUGAAUCGGGUGCUAAAGAAUUAGCUAAUUUACAGCUUGUGGCUAAGUUGUGUCAUAAAGAAAAAUUAAUUGGUCGUGGUCGUUUUGCAGAAGUAUGGCUUGCUAAUGUUCCUUUUUCAUUAUUUAUACAUCAAUUAAAAAUAACUCAAGAUUUAUUAAAUUAUAAAAAUCAUAAUAAUGAAAAUGAUAGUAGUAGAAAAUUUCAUCAAUCAUCAACAAAUGGAUCUAUUCUUUGUCAUAAUUCAAAUACAAAUUUAUCUUGGCAUCUAUUAUGCUGUCAACAGGAUAGUAGAUUAACCAAAAUACCUAAUACUAUGUUGAAAUGUCUCAAUUCAAAUACAUCAUUUACAUUUGUCGAUACUCACCCGGAAACAUCGCUGGAUUAUUUGUACAGUGAGAAGAGUGAAACUUCAAUUCCGUUGAAAAAAGAAACGAAAGAUUAUCCUGAUGACAAGGAAAAUGUACAUCAUGCCGAAACAAAUACCUCUCCUUUAUUAUUGUCAACCAGAACAGUUUCAUCUACUGAUGUAAACCAUAAUUCACUAAUAAACAAUUUUACUACGAAUGAUGAAUCUCCUAUGCCUGUGGCCGUAAAAACAUUCACUGCUAAUGAAUAUGAUGCAUGGAAAACAGAAUUGGGGAUUUUCAAGGCUAUCCAUUCAAUAAACAAACGAUUACCUGCAGUUGUUUCUAGUACUGCUACUACUGCUCCAACUACUAUUAAUACUACUGCUACAAUAACAAUUACUACUACCAAUAAUAGUAGCAUUAGUAAUAACAAUACUAGUAAUAAUAGUACUACUACCACUGAUACUGUCGGUACAAUAAGCAACAUAAAUUCCUUCAGUAUCCAAUAUGUACACGAAAUGUUAAGACAUAUUGGGCAUCCUAAUAUUGUUUUACUAUUAGGAGCAGGAUCGGUAAGUUGUUAAAUUCACUAAAAUCACUGAAUGCUUUUAUUGUCCACUUUCUCAAAUAAGUAUAUUGAGUACUUUGACUUUAUUUUAGAAUACCCUGUAGAAAAACUGAAUGAACAAAAAUAUGGAUGUGUUUAUGAAUUUAGAUACUGAUAAAUUUCCAAUGUGAGUUCGUAAGCAUUCUAUUGGAUAUCCUAGAUCUAAGGUGGAAUAAUAGUAAAGCCUAUGUUUAUCAAUAAGAUUUAUAAUUUUAACACUUGAACAUUUGUAUUGCAUAAUCUUAUUGCCAUGAAAACAUUGUACGGACAAAAAAACUCGAAAGCUUGUUUUAUGAUUAUCGCCUUCUUCAUCUUGUAAUUAAAUUUUUAUGAUGGAUUAUAAACAAGUAAUUUUUAGUUAUCGUGGUUGAAUUGUUUGCAUGUUAUUGAGAGUUUUAUUUCACUAAGCAACAGUUUAGUUAAUUGUGCUAACAAGGUAUGGCAACUUGGACCGAUGCAUAUGUGUGCCUGGUCGUACGUUGUAGCUGACUAAGUUUAGUUAGUUAGUAGUUCUCUCUUUCGAAUUGUAUUUCAUAAAGCUUUGCAACUUUCUUUGACGAAUAAGUGUUUUUUAUCCGGCUAUUUCAUAGCAAGUAUUCAUUCAUCAGUAUUUCUGUAAACUAUGGUUUCUUUAUUACUCAAAUAAAACUGAUUGUUUAAGCCUUACAAACAGUGGUGCAAAAUAGGGUACCUUUUUCAAAGUGCUAAGUCAUAUAACUUGUUAGUUAGUGAUCUAAGUAAUAUCUCUGAGUUUUGGUUAUUUAAACAAGCGAGUUUGCCAAUAUGUAAUAUGGUUCUUAUUUAUUAGUGUCAAACAGCUUGCAAGCUGCAUGUAACUCUCGUGCUAAUGUCCCUAGCCUGUAUUUAUUUUCUCCAAUAUGUCGUCCAUUUAGUCUUUUUGAAUGAACAUCAAUAUGUUAUUGGUUCAGAUGUCUGUCAGUAAAUGUUAGCUAUAACCUAUCAAACUUUCGAUCUGAUUCAGUCGAUGACCUCAAAUUACCUGUUUAUAUUAGAAUUAUCUGUAUAUUUCAAGUGAUCAGUAAAUUACUACUCUUCGCUACAUCCCAUGGAGGAAAUAACUUUAUUCUUAUCUGUUUGAUAAAAAUUAUGACAUUUUUGUUGUUUGGUUUAAGGCAGUUAUAAUAUUAUCGACUGUAGAAGCUUCAUCAAUGUAGUGGUCGAGCUUCUAUACCAUAAUGAGUCGCCAGUCGAGCUAUUAGCUAGAACACCCAUCUCUUUGAAUCCUAUGCCCGAAAUCAAGGUCAUACUCCCGAUUGUAUGUAGGUGUAACAGCUGUAAGGUGUUCCCAUAAGGGAAACCAGUAACUUCAGCGAUUCUAUCUUGUCGUAACGGAAAGAGAGAGUUUUAAAAGGUCAACCUCAAAAGAGUACGUCUCACCAGAUCUCCGGCACCGGCGCUAAAGUUUGAAUAGCAUGUUGCUAAUAUAUCAAAAGCCCCUCACAGGACUACUGUAUGUGACCAACCUCGAGCAGAACUUGUGCAUGCUUCGCCUACUAAUAUUUUGUAUUUUAUUAAAUAAUAAAAUAAAAAAACUAUGUAACAUUUUUUAACAGUCCAGUCUAUUGUAAACGGCCAUGUUUAGUAGCAGAAUUUAAUUUUCUGGUAAAGUACACCUCCAAAAUACUUCCGUGUAUAUAUUAUUAAUCAUGCUAUUAUCAAACUGUGUGAUGUUGAAGUUCUGCAUGUUACUAAGUCAUUAGUUCUCAUUCCCAUUAGAAAUGUUAUGAAUAGUUAAAUUUGUUACUGUAUAAAAUAAUAGAUAAAACAGAUUCGUGAUCUAACAUUCUUUUUCGCUUUAUGAUUUUCUUAAUAUAUACUUGUCACUAUUGUCUAAUUCCUUCUUUGUCAUAUCGUAUAUUUUAAAAGUGCAAACAACAAAAUUUCCCCCUCCCAUCUUUAUUGGUUUGUUUUUUUAGUCAUUUAACUUUGAAAGAAAGUUAUUUAUCUAUUCAAUCCAGUGUAGUUUUUAUUUUUGUCACUUGACAAUUGUUUUCUGUUGUUUUUUUCAUU